GUCCCCAGGGUGGGUGUCACUGUCACCCAGCGCAGCCCGGCUCCCUCCGCAGCGUCCGGGCUCGCCGCUCCGAGCGCGCUGCCUUUGUCCCCUGCGACUUUAAAGUUCCCUCGGUGCACAAAGCGAAAGAGGGAGGAGAAAGCGUUUCAUCAUCGCUCCCGAGAGCCGACUUAUAAGAACUUGGCGCUGCCGCUGCCGGGCUCACUCGCAGCUCGGAGGGAUUCGGCACAAUCCGUGCGGGCCGGGCCGGACACGCACAGCCCAAAAACCCCGGGCUCCCCGGGAAGCCCUCGCCAUGGGAGUCCGCCCCGAAGUUGGCAAAUCCCCGGUGGACAUUCCCAGGAGCUCCAGCACCUGCUCCAGGAGUUUUUUCUGCAACAUCAAAGUGUUUGUGCUGUGCCAUGGGCUCCUCCAGCUCUCCCAGCUCCUCUACAGUGCCAACUUCAAGAGCAGCCUCACCACCAUCGAGAAGCGCUUUGGGCUCUCCAGCCUCUCCUCAGGUUUCAUCUCCAGCUUGCACGAGAUUGGCAACGUGGUGCUCAUCAUCUUUGUCAGCUACUUUGGCAGCCGCGUGCACCGCCCGCGCGUGAUCGGCCUCGGGGGGCUGCUGCUGGCCCUGGGGGCCUUCCUGGUGACCCUGCCCCACUUCCUCUCGGGCCCCUACGAGUACACUGCCCUCAGCACGGGUAACAAGAGCCAGGGGCAGGUUGAGCUGUGCUAUGCAGAGAGUAGAUUUGUGUGCUCAAACACCACCCGGGACCCCGAGAAGGAGGCCAGCAGUGUGUGGGCCAUGAUGGUCAUUGCCCAGCUGCUGGCCGGGAUCGGCACCGUGCCCAUCCAGCCCUUCGGGAUAUCCUACGUGGAUGACUUUGCAGACUCCAACAAUUCCCCACUCUAUGUUGCCAUCCUGUUUGCCAUUGCUGUGUUUGGCCCUGCCUUUGGGUACUUGCUGGGGUCCGUGGUGCUGCGGCUCUUCGUGGACAUCGGGAGGGUUCACACUGUGGAGCUGACGCCGAGCGACCAGCGCUGGAUCGGAGCCUGGUGGCUGGGGCUGCUCAUCUCCUCGGGCUGCCUGGUGCUCACCUCCAUCCCUUACUUCUUCUUCCCUCGGUACAUGCUGAAAGGAGAGGAGCGGAACACGGAGGCCGGGAUGCUCAGGAAGAUGGAGACAGGGGCUGCUCAAGACACCUCCCUGCUGGAGUUCAUCAAAAGAUUCCCAAAGAUCUUCCUCAAGCUGCUGCUCAACCCCCUCUUCAUCCUCCUGGUGCUGGCUCAGUGCAGCUUCUCCUCCGUCAUUGCGGGUCUGGCCACCUUCCUCAACAAAUUCCUGGAGAAGCAGUACGGUGCCUCCCCCUCCCAGGCCAACUUCCUCAUAGGAGCUGUGAACCUGCCGGCAGCAGCGCUGGGGAUGCUGCUGGGAGGGAUCAUCAUGAAGCGCUUCUCCUUCUCCCUGCGCGCCAUCCCGCGCUUCGCCGUGGUGGUGCUCGUCUUCUCCAUCCUCAUCUGCCUGCCCAUCUUCUUCAUGGGCUGCUCCACGGGGCACAUCGAGGGCAUCUACCACUCCAGCACACCCAAUUCCCAGCAGCAGGUUAAGGCACGGGUUGGGUGCCAAUGCUCUAAGCAGAUCUUCCACCCCGUGUGCCGGAAAAACACCACGGAAUACAUCUCACCCUGCUUCGCUGGCUGCACCAACAGCACCACCAACCCCUCCAACCCCACACAAACGAUCUACCACAACUGUUCCCUGAAUGGGAAUGAGCUGUUCUCCACCUACACGGGCUCUUGUCCAGUCAGCUGCUCCCAUAUGCUCCUUCCUGCCAUAUUCCUCAUCUCCUUUGCUGCCCUGGUGGCCUGCCUGUCCCACAACCCCCUCUACAUGAUGGUGUUACGGGUGGUGAACCAGGAUGAGAAGUCGUUUGCCAUCGGAGUCCAGUUCUUACUGAUGAGACUGCUGGCCUGGCUGCCGGCCCCAGCCAUGUUCGGAGCCCUCAUCGACUCCUCCUGCAUCUACUGGCAGCAGCAGCAGUGCGCCCCGGGCCGCUUCUGCGCCUACUACAACAACGAUUUCCUCCGGAACAGAUACCUGGGGCUGCAGGUGGGCUACAAGGUGGUGGGCACCGUGCUGCUGGCCCUCAUCAGCUGGAAAGUGAAGAGGAGCAAGGAGUACAACGUGCAGGAGAAGGCGGCGGGGCUGGUGUAGCCCCCGAGGACUGACUCGCACCCCCAUCACCCACUGCCACUACUUUGUCUUGUUUGGGUUUGUUUUACUUCCCACGGGAGCGACUCCGCCGCUCCGAGCUCCCCUCCCAGGUGCUCCCGGCGAGGGAUGCUCCGGGCCAGCCCCGUCCUGGGAAUGGCAGCGCCCGGGCUCUCCAGCCUGGGAGGGGCAGGAGGCAGAGGGGGCUGGCACGCAGGGACCCGGAGAAGUGCCGGCUGUGGGCGAUGGUCCCGCUGCGGUGUGACAUUCCCGGCCUGCCCGGCUGGGACAGGAGCAGGGGAGGUGGCUGCCAGGUGUCCCCCCGGCCGCAGCCCCCACGGAGGGCAGCAGGGACACCACACACGUGUUGGGACAAGACAGCACGAGGGGUUUAGUGCAGAACAUCUGGGGUUUGUUGCUCUUUUUAUUUUUUAAAUAAAGGUCACUUUUCCAACCGUGGUGCAUUCUUGAUCUCCCCCCACCAGCCAGGAAAGCUCUGGGAUCACAGCCUGGCCCAUGCUGAGCACAUUCCAGCUGGGAAAGGGGAAAAAAUGGUGGCAGAGUGAGACAUUCUUCUGCAGCUCCACCGGCCAUGGGGGAGGGCUGCCAGGGGCUACACGGAGCUCAGGGAUGGCCGAGGAGCCCUGCCUGCAGUCCCACGGCCCCUGCCCUGCCUGCAGCUCCCUGGUGGGCAGGAGACACAGGCAGGGGCAGGGGCACAGCAGGUUUUACCUGAGUUGCUGUUUUGGUUGUUUCACACCCCUCAGGUGAGUUUUGGUGAGGGUUUGGUGGGUGGGUUCUGUUAGUCCACACUGUGAUGGAAGCCCAUUCUGUGUUCCAGUACACAGACCACAAUCUGCUUCAGCAUUUUAAAGUAAUAUUUUAACAGCAACUUUGCUUAUUCUAACUAUUAUUAAUAAUCUUUACUAUUAUUAUUGAUCAGAUUGUCAGCUCCUGGUUUCCUUCUGAUCCAUCUCUGCAUGACACAACACAGCCUUAGGGUUCAUUUCAAGUUCAACCCAUAGCCUAACAAGUCCAGCUACUUAUGUCAAACACUGAGCUUCUUAAAAAUCCUGUCAUUUCUUCAAUGCAGUGGGCUCUGGGCAGGGUGCAGUGAGUUUGGGGCUUUCUUUCAGGGAUUUUAUGGGUUGGAUGCAUUCAGGCCCUGCUGUCCUUACCCCAUAGCUUUUCCCCGUGGUCGUGGCCCUGCUGCAUCCAUGUUCAUAGAGGGGGUUGAAGGAAAGGAGAACAGGAGCAGACCUGCCCUGGAUUUGCUCUGGAUCACCAAAGUCUUCACAAAAAAGAGCUCUCUCCAUGUUAACCCUAUUCCUGUUCCACCUCUACCUGGCAGAUUUUCCCUGAACACCCACCUGACCUUCCAUAACCUUCUCCACUUGUUUCACACCAGGGGUAACACCCAGAAGGACAAACCCCAGGAGGUCACAAAGGGCACGAGGUGGCCCAGAUGGGGCCAGCAGAAGCUCCUGGCCACUAAGGUGCCAGGGUGGUGGCUCUGUGCACAGGGAAGGUCACAGCUGGAACACCUGCAUUCAGGAGCCUUGGAUGCUGAUGUCCAGGCACUGUUAAUUUUGCUUUUCUUUGCCUUUCAGCAAUCUCUCCUCCUCUUUCAGGUUUUCUGCUACCCCAGUUAUCACUGUGCUCAUCAUUCUCCUCCAAAAACACCUGCCUUUUCCAGGGGAACAACUUGGAGUACAAUCCAUAGCAAAAAACAUUGACCAAAAGAGCUUUAGCACAGUGAGUGCCUCAGCCCCUGGGGAUGUGUGAACAGAGGGUUCCUGACUCAGGGUCAGGCAGCUGCAGCAAGGGCCUGAGUUUAUCACAUCCCACUGUCCUGCCAAAGCCAUCCCAGCACAGCCCUGCCGAGCUGCAGCCUCAGGAGCAGCACUCCCAGCCAGCAGAGCCACGGGCUGGGAACAAGGUCAGGAGAGCAAAGAACAAAGCACAGAGCUGACUGGGGAAUCAAGAAAAACAAGAAAACAACACUCAGAGUUUCCAGUUCUGCUCUCUUCCCUCAGCCACUGGGGAAAACCAGCCCUGAGUAUUUAAAUAUUAAAAAAAUCAUGGAGUGAAACCCAAAAAGCUCCUGGAGUUCUGCUGUGUGCUUCAGCACGAGUGGCUCCAGGCACAGCCCCAGCUCGGCCGAGGCCGUGCAGCCACUCCCCAGCCCAGGAAAGCUGAGGCAUCUCAUCUCCAUCCAGCACAGCCACAGGGUGCCACAGCCACCUCCAGGGCAGAGCAGGGCUGCUCUGCCACCACAGCUGGCUGCAGCUCUCCUGUGCACAUCACCAAAGUGCCUCUCAGUUAUGAUUUGUGGGUGUUUUUUGCUAUGUGAUUAUCAAUUUCUCAAUUAGUCACACCAAGAAAUACAAAACAAAAAAAAAAAAACCUCAACCCCAAAGCCCUCUGUGUGCAGAAAACAAAGUUUUU